UUUAGGUGAUUUCUUUUUAUUUUAAGUCUUACAUCAUCGAUAUAAUAACUAACGAACAAUUGCAAAAUAUUCAUUAAAAAAAACAAAACAUAUUUAAUCUCGUCUCCUGGCCGACGGAUACAACGACGAUUUUCUGUGCGAUAUUUUGUUUACAUUUAGGGGUAGCCCUACCCCACCCCCUUUCCGCCAAAGGCUUGUGUUUGACAUCGGGAUAUAUAUAUACGCUUUUUUUCUUAUCUCUUCUCUUCCUGGACAUCAUCAGACUGUCGUCAGAUUUUGUGUUUAGUAAGUUCUUUAACAUUAUAAAAAGCGAUAAUUUAUUCAGCUCUGUUUCAAAGAGGUCUACAUUGGAUAGUUAAUCCGCAUUUUAUUCCCGGGACAAUGGAUUCACAUCGGAUGAUAUAUCCAUCUUUUAUAUUAAAUAAUAUCUUCGUUCCAGUGUAAUAUCAUUUUUCCAUGCUCAUCUUUAAAAAAAAUCCACAAAAAAACACAUUUAUAAUAUAUUUUAAUAUGGCAUUUUUUUUAAAUUAAAAAAAAAUUAUACACACUGUAGCAUCUAUUCUUUUAAAUACCUUGAGCAUGGCAUUUCUAAAUAGAUUUGUUUUUCUUGUUAUUUUUCUUUUCUUUAUAUAGCCAUAAAGUAUGUGGUUAAUCACACAAAAUAGAGGCGAUUAGCUCUCAUCAAAGAUUUGCUUUUGCAAAGAAGUGCACACAAUAUAUUUCACGCUAAAAAUUCCUCUUUUGGUGGUGUAUGAUUGCUAAGAAUUUAAAUGUAUUUAUAUAUAACAUAAGAUUUAUUUCCUACACAGUUUGAAAAAGAAAUUUUGUUGAAAUACUCUCUAGAUCGAAAUUGCCUCACUUAUUAUUAUUUGUUAUUUCAAAGGAAUAAUCGAUCGUUAAAGAACACGAACAAUUCUCGAAAGAUACGUACAUACGUUUUCACAACAAAUGAUCUGACCACUGUCUUAAAUCCAAAAGAGUUAAAAUGUAUUACUUAAUCAUGUGUGAGAUUAUUUAACUAAAAUGUAUCAGAAAGUUUGGAAAAUGACUUUUAAAGUUAAGAAAAUGUCUCAGGAAGUUUGGAAAAUGUCUCAUAAAGUUAGGCAAAUGUCUCAGAAAGUUAGGCAAAUGUUUCCUAAAGUUAGGAAAAUAUCUCAGAAAGUUAGGCAAGUGUAUCAGAGUUAGGAAAAUGUCUCAGAAAGUUAGGAAAAUGUCUCAGAAAAAUAGGCAAAUGUCUCAGAAAAAUAGGCAAAUGUCUCCAAAACCUAAUUUCCCCCCCCCCCUUUUUCCCAAACAAAAAAAAAAAAUAAUAAAAUAAAAAUUUAAAUUAACAAAAGGGCCAAUUUCUUUUNCAUGUCCAGGUUUUUCUUACUUUUUGGGGUCACGGCCUUAUUUGUGCUCAUGACCACUGGGACUGACGGCCAGUACGUGUACAAUGUGAACACCAUGCCGUCAGCUUUAAACACAAACCCGACCAUGUGCACGAAGGUGGUCACUGCGCCAGUUCAGAACUGCCCGAAUACUGUGUGUUACAUGAAGGCGACCGUCGGACUCUGUUGCAUGGGGGUCUACAGGAAUGGUGAGACCGAUUUAAGAUAAGAUAAGAUUCUUUUAUCGAUCCAAACAAAUGGAAAUGUUUCUUGAUUUCACUGUACAUAUACAUUUUCAGCACAUAAAUAAAUACAUAUUUUAAUACAGUCGACAUUUCCCGCAUAAAACAAUUUCAACACAAGAAAUCUACAUUAAAUCAUUUCUCUAAUGCAAAAAAAAAAGAAAAAAAAAAAAAACCCAGCCAUUCAGUGAAAUCCCUUAAUCAUAAUAAGGACUUAAUCGGUGAUUAUUUAGACUUUGUGACCUGUGGGGGGAGCUCGCUGGUAAAUUCGUACAUAUUGGGGAACAAAAGAAUUUUUAUAUCUUUCAGUCCCCGCAUUAAGAGAAAGAAUUCGUCCAAAACGGACCGAUCCUAAGUAUCUGUCAUGAAGUGGGUGGUAUGUAAUCAUCCAAAAUUUGUUUAGUUUUGCAAUACUAUUUUUCUUCAAAAGUGUUCUUCAAGUCAAGGUUGUUAAGUAUGUGUCCCGUUGCUAUCUUUCUUGAUUAGUCUGUUUAGACGGUGUUGAUAUCACAUGAAUUUCUACACCAGCAGGUAACGUCUGAAAUUAAGAAGGCCUCCAUUCGCACUGUAGAAUAAGUUAAUAUAAGAUGAGUAAAACAGAGUAGGGUUAAACCUGACAAAAUAAACGUUUUUUUUUUUUUUUGUAUUUUUUUUUCAGGUUUAACCCUACUCUGUUUUACUCAUCUUAUAUUUUGUUAAACAUGAUUGCAGUCUCUCCCCUUAAUUACCCAAUGAGUAAAACAGAGUAGGGUUAAACCUGACAAAAUAAACGUUUUUUUUUUUUUUUGUAUUUAUUUUUCAGGUUUAACCCUACUCUGUUUUACUCAUCUUAUAUUGUGCUAAACAUGAUUGCAGUCUCUCCCCUUAAUUACCCAGAAUAAGUAAAUAACUAGUUUGUUUACGCCGAAAUUGUACAUUUUUUUUUUAAAGAUAGACAAGUAUUUGGUUGAAUUUUUUAUACAGCAUUUGGGCGUGCUCAUGCCAUGUCAGCUUAUCAUUAAUGAUGACAUUUAAUUUAAGGACUUAUAUGCCUCUACUUUCUCUACACUUCAAUUUUUUUUUUUUAUUUUGAGAUCUGCACUCCGGAAACCCACAACCAUUUCCUUUGGUUUUGCGCCUUUCAAGUAGAGACAAUUUUCAUCGCACCAUUUGAUAAAGCCUGUAAAUAAAUUGCAGUACAAGUCUUCUCCUUCAGAUAUUAAGCCAACGAUGGUGGUAACAUCAGCAAACUUUAUGAUUGGGACGGUGUAGCUUGGAAUAUCUUUGGUUUAUAUUGUAAUACAGGACAGGGGAGAGGACGCAACCUUGUGGCACCCUGGUGCUUAUUUCUCUGGCCCGAUAUAAUUUAGCUCAGGAAGGCCCUGUAUAUUUGGCUCAGGAAGGUCAAGUAUAUCUGGCUGCGGAAGGCAUGACGUAUUUGGCCCAGGACAUCUACAUAUUUCUGACUCAAGAAAGCCAUGUGUAUCUGGGUCAAGAAGGCCAUGUGUAAUAAUACUAAGGGAGGCUAUGCACCUUUGGCUGUUAUAUAUAUUUUUACAAAUAUAGCCCCAAACACUACAGACACAAAGACAAAAAAGUAAAAAAAUGCUAACAUGCUUACACGCCAAUGACGUCAAUCACUUUUAAUCUUUAAGUUGAACAAACUACUCUCUAAGCUGAGAAAUCUCUUCAUUCAACUCCACUUUAAUACUGACUCAAGAAACUUUAAUCUCCACACUCACGUUAACUCUCAUGCAAUUUCACAAGGUCAAAUUUCUAAAUGAAAUUUUCAGGGGAAUGACAGAUAUAUUGGGUAAAACCGUCCAGUAACUGAACUAUGUUUGUCUCUCCCACAGCCAACGGGGCACUCUACCAGCAAUGUAUCUGUCUCACGACCGUGCAGUGCACAGCAGCCGUGGCGAGUACAGCGUCAACAACCUCUACUACAAGUACCACCACCAGCACAACGACAACCACCACCCCGACGACAACGACCACCACACCGACCACAACAACAACCACCCCAACAAGAGCCACCACGCCAACCACAACGACGACCACCCCAACCACUACCAGCACAACGACAACCACCCCAACAACAACCACCCCAAAAACAACCACCCCGACAACAACCACCCCAACGACAACCACCGCGCCGACGACGACUUCCGCUGCGCCUUUCUCGGAUACGCCUUUGUUUUGUGGUGCCACAGUGAGCACCCCCUUUUGUGGCACCACUGACCCCUGCUUCAAUUCAACAACUAGGAGCAGUUGUUGUUUAGCUGUACAGAGAGUUGGUAGGUUUAACACUUGUGGUAUAGCUGUACAGAGAGUUGGUAGAUCUAACAGUUGUGGUAUAGCUGUACAGUUGUUGUUUAGCUGUACAGAGAGUUGGUAGAUCUAACAGUUGUGGUAUAGCUGUACAGAGAGUUGGUAGAUCUAACAGUUGUGGUAUAGCUGUACAGAGAAUUGGUAGAUCUAACAGUUGUGGUAUAGCUGUACAGAGAGUUGGUAGAUCUAACAGUUGUGGUAUAGCUGUACAGAGAGUUGGUAGAUCUAACAGUUGUGGUAUAGCUGUACAGAGAAUUGGUAGAUCUAACAGUUGUGGUAUAGCUGUACAGAGAGUUGGUAGAUCUAACAGUUGUGGUAUAGCUGUACAGAGAGUUGGUAGAUCUAACAGUUGUGGUAUAGCUGUACAGAGAAUUGGUAGAUCUAACAGUUGUGGUAUAGCUGUACAGAGAGUUGGUAGAUCUAACAGUUGUGGUAUAGCUGUACAGAGAGUUGGUAGAUCUAACAGUUGUGGUAUAGCUGUACAGAGAAUUGGUAGAUCUAACAGUUGUGGUAUAGCUGUACAGAGAAUUGGUAGAUCUAACAGUUGUGGUAUAGCUGUACAGAGAGUUGGUAGAUCUAACAGUUGUGGUAUAGCUGUACAGAGAAUUGGUAGAUCUAACAGUUGUGGUAUAGCUGUACAGAGAAUUGGUAGAUCUAACAGUUGUGGUAUAGCUGUACAGAGAAUUGGUAGAUCUAACAGUUGUGGUAUAGCUGUACAGACAGCUGGUUGUGUAACGGUUGUUGUUAAGCUGUACAGAGAGCUGGUAGGUCUCAAUUUUGUUACGAACAAAAUCCUCGGUCUACUACGUUAACAGUGUCUCAUUUACAUAUCAGCUCAUUUCACAUCGAUGGGUCUUCGUCCUAAAGACCGGGCACUUAAAAUCACGUGCAGUAAAAACUGUUAGUGCAUUAAUUUCCUUUGAAAAGUCUGUAAUACAUUUUAUUUUUACAAAUGAGGCGAGGUGGAAUACGACUCAUUUCGAACGAUCCAAUUUUCUAUCAUACAUUUGAUGCGAUUUUUGUAUGAAGUCUUGUCACAACUUUCAUGUUACUAUUUAAUCAAAUUCUUACUUCUGUCUUUAAAAAAGAAACAACACACAAAAUAGUGCGUUCAUACAAAUAUUUGACGAAAAUUUUAUCGUGUGAACUGCAUGUAGACGAGCAUGAAUCUACAUGGUUUGGAUUGUAAAAAAAAAACAACACAAAAUGAAAGUAAUCUUAAUGGACUGAAUGAAAUGUGGGGGACUAUCAUAGCUAAUUUUUUUUUUUUGUGUGUGUGCUUUAUUUCAGCAACCAACGCUAUAAUGACCUUCUGCAGGUGUGACAGCACUGUCCAGUGUCCAGCUGUCCCUACGCUACCAUGAAGCAUCGCGUGGUGUUUGAAGGAGACACAGUUGAAAGCCUCUGUAGACAAUGGCCUUGUUAUUUAUCUUCCAACGUCUACAAGCCGUACUGAGUUGGUUUCUUUGUUUCUCAUCAAUUUCAAUAUUGUUUUUUUAAAACCUACGCUCGCCUGUUCUGCACAUUGGUGAUUUCAAAAAUUGUCUUCUGGGCAAUAGAUUUUUUUCUUUAUUAAAAAAAUAAGGUCAAAAAGACCUUGUGAAUGUAAAA